AUGGCUCGCGGUCACCAAAAAGCUUUAUCCCAACAAAGAAAUGCUGAAAAGACAGCAAAAGCCAAGAAAGCUGUGGGAAGCGACCAAAAAAAUGCAGCAAUGAAGUCGUUGCAUCAUAAAUGCACCGUUUGCAUGAGCAUGAUGCCGGAUCCAAAAACUUACAAGCAACACUUUGAAAGCAAACAUCCGAAAAGCACCAUGCCCCCAGAGUUGGAAGGAGUUCAAGCAUAA